UAUGUUGUUCAAUCUCUGGGAAACGAGCAGAUGGGAACAUGCACUGGGAAUCACUGGCCUAUCCGGAUAAUGUCCAGGAUAGGCCAUCUCCUGUGGCUACAAGGUCCGUGUAACAACGAGCACCACCGAUCACUCGUCUUGACCGCACAAGACGAACGAUCGCUUUCCAGUUCAUUUUCCCUUUAUCUUUCAACUACGUAAGACUCUGGAGCAAUCGACUACGACGUUCCUCUCUUGAUGCGGCCGUACAAGACUCUACUGCUAGCACUAGCCUUCCUCUCCACCCUCCAGUGCCAUCUUUUGACGUCGGCAGAUACGCUUAGUUUUGCGAGCAACAACCAGAACGGCAUCCGGUUCCUGCGCACCGCUGAAACCAACAAUGAAGAGAGAGGGAUCUCCUUGGAUGGCCUAAAGAAUGAGCUCUCGUUCAUGAAGCUGAAGUGGUCAGCCAAGCAAAAAAUGACUCCACAAGAGAAACUUUCUGCGAAGCAACUAAAAGAUACGACAAAGCUGGAAGCUGCCUUAAAGAAGUCUAAGGAAAAGCUGGAAUCAAAGGCACUAAAGGCCCGGCGAAAAGUUCAGGAACAGGAAGCCAAAGCAAAAGAGAAAGUAGUGGCACAACAGCUAAAACAAGCGCAGAAACUGAAGGCAUUGAAUGAAAAGGAACAGAAGAGACUGGCUAAAGAGCUUCUGAAGCAGGACAAGAUGUACAAUCGGUGGUUGGUGGAUGAUCUGACGCCGGAGGAUGUCUUCAGGAAAUUCGAGUUCGAUAAGCUCAUGAAAAAGGGACUUGACCCUACUGCCGACGCGAACUACAAGCACUAUACGAAGUAUUUGGACAUCUACUACUCGCGCUACCCAGACCGUCUCGAGAAGUUUGAAUCUGUUGCUUUGAGAAAGGUUGAGAAAGUAGCAGAGUCACUCUAGUGUUCUAAGGCAG